AUGUGGGGGGGCGGCAUUGCCCCGUCCGUGCCGCAGCGGGUGUCCCCGGCCCACGGCAUGCCGGAGGCUGUGACCGUGGCAGUGCCGCCAGCGUCUGCCCUGUGGCCUCCAUCCUGUGGACGUCCGGAGGACGUGGCCAGGCGCCUGGGGGGAAGCCAGGCUCUGGGCAGGCGCCGGCCAGCGCCGCCGGCGCCAGCCUCAGGCCCCUGGGGGAGGCCUUUCCAGGGACUCAGGACUCGCUGCUUCAGCCCGCAGCGCCCCGCGUGGCCCCGCCCCCUGGGGGGCUCCCCGCCCAGGCCUCUGCCCGCCCCCUUCCCCCCAGGCGCCGCGGGGAACUUCCUGUGCCCUGCCAGCGGCUUGUCCUUCAACGCCUUCAAGACCGUGCUGGACAUCGACACCCUGGGCACCUUCAACGUGUCCCGGGUGCUCCACGAGAAGUUCUUCCGGGAGCACGGAGGGGUGAUUGUGAACAUCACGGCGACCCUCGGGAUGCGCGGCUGGGCCCUCCAGCUGCACGCGGGAUCGGCCAAGGCGGCCGUGGACGCCAUGACCAGGCACUUGGCUGUGGAGUGGGGUCCCCAGGACAUCCGCGUCAACAGCCUGGCCCCCGGCCCCAUCAGUGGCACAGAGGGGUUGCGGCGGCUGGGCGGCCCCGAGGCCAGUGUGAGCAGGAAGGCCCAGGCCAGCCCCCUGCGGAGGCUGGGCAACAAGACAGAGGUGGCCCACGCAGCCCUCUACCUGGCCAGCCCCCUGGCCUCCUAUGUGACCGGCGCCCUGCUGGUGGUGGACGGCGGUGCGUGGCUGACGCUCCCCAACGGCCCCCAGCUGCAGGACGGCAGCGCGCUGCCCUUGGCCAGGCUCUAGGUGACUGCUGCCCGCCCGUCUCUCCUCGGUCACCCACCCCACUCACCGCCUCGGUCGCCCCAGUCACCCCCAUCGCCCCUUUCGGUCAUCUGCCCCGUCACCCGUGGUCACCGGCCUGGUGGCCAAGCCUCGCUGCCCGCAGGCACCUCCCAGCGUGUCCUCAGCCGUCUGCCUGGCACGGUUUUAGGAUCUUGCCAUAAACGACAUUUCCC